GGUCGCUCGGCCGGUCGUGGGCGGGUGGCUCGCCCCCCCGGGCAGCCCGGCAUGGCGGAAGCGGAGGCGGCCGGCGACGCGGGGCCGGGUGCGGGCGCAGCCCAGGAGGGCGCGGAGCUCGCGGCCGUGAUCGGCGCCACCGUGCCCACGGGCUUCGAGCAGACGGCGGCCGAGGAGGUGCAGGAGAAGCUGGGCUCGGCCUCCAGGAUCAGCAGGGAUCGGGGCAAGAUCUAUUUCGAGGUCCCGGCCCGGAGCCUGCCUCAGGUCCAUCGUCUGAGGUCAGUGGAUAAUUUAUUUGUUGUUGUUCAGGAAUUCAAAGACUAUCAAUUUAAGGAAAAUAAGGAAGAUGCUCUAAAGGAUUUGGAAGAUUUGGUUAAAAAGCUGCCCUGGACCGAUCCAUUGAAAGUUUGGGAGUUGAACAACAGCUUGAAAAAGAGAAAGACAAAGCGCAAAAAACACAAUCUGCAGAGUCCUGCAAGCAGAGGGAAGCUGAGUGAUGGUGGAGAAGAGGGAGGAGCAGACCAACACAGCACUAGUGACCAGGAGGACUGUGCCCAAAACCCUGUGGCUGUGGAACCCACUGGUGGCCAGGAUGCAGAGAAUCCCCAAGGAGUGGCAUCCAGAAAUGGGGUGGAGGAGGAGGAGGAGGAAGAUAACGAGCAGUCAGAUGUGAAAGUUGAAGAGCAGACGAGUUCUGAGAGUGGGACCAAGGCUGGCGACGGUCAGACGGGUGAAGGAGAGGCGAAGGUGCUGAGGUUCCGAGUGACGUGCAACAGAGCUGGAGACAAGCACAGCUUCACGUCCAACGAGGCCGCAAGAGACUUCGGUGGAGCCGUGCAAGAGCACUUCCACUGGAAAGCUGACAUGACCAAUUUUGAUGUGGAGGUUCUUCUGAAUAUUCACAACAACGAAGUUGUGGUGGGGAUUGCAUUAACUGAAGAGAGUCUCCACAGACGGAACAUCACACACUUUGGACCCACAACGCUGCGUUCCACGCUGGCUUACGGCAUGCUCAGACUCUGUGAUCCCCAGCCCACAGAUAUCAUAGUUGAUCCCAUGUGUGGUACAGGUGCGAUACCAAUAGAGGGAGCUGCAGAAUGGCCCUUCUGCUACCACAUUGCAGGGGAUAACAGCCCUCAGGCAGUGAAGAGAGCAGCAAACAACAUCAGCUCCUUACUGAGGAAAAACGAGAGUAAGGACAGCAGCGCUGCCCUGGGCGUUCCCUUGGACGUCAUCCAGUGGGACAUCUGCAACCUGCCUCUGCGGACGGGCUCUGUGGACGUCGUGGUGACAGACAUGCCCUUCGGGAAGAGGAUAGGGUCGAAGAAGAAGAACUGGGAUCUCUACCCAGCUUGCCUGAUGGAGAUGGGCCGGAUCUGCACCCCAGGGACAGGCAGGGCUGUGCUGCUUACCCAGGACAAGAAAUGCUUUGCCAAGGCCUUGUCCCGCGUGGGACACAUCUGGCGCAGGGCUCAGACCGUGUGGGUGAACGUGGGGGGACUCCACGCGGCAGUGUAUCUGCUGAGGCGCACCUGGGAGAGCCCAGACGAGACAAGGGCCUGCUGGUAAACCGCGUGGGAGAAGACGAGACACCUCCGGACUUUGUGACCUGAGAGCAUAGUCUGUCAGCUUCAAAACCAAACAACCUGCGAGAAACUGUCACACAAAUAACAAACCAGGGAUCAACUUGAGAGCCGCCAGUUCUACUGUGUGUUCUGAAACCUUAUUACUUAAAUCACCUCUGCUCCCUUCCACCCAAACUGAAAUUCAUUAGUGGAAUUAAUAAUUCUUUCCUUGAAUCUUCUCUUGUAUUUUUCAGUUAGACGUUUAUUUUUUCUGCUUACAGUGGAAAACACGUUGAGGCAGCCUGGGUGUAACAGUUAAUUUAUUUACCAAGCUGUAUCUUCAAAUGACUAACAGUACUACUAAGACAGUCACCUUAAAGGGAUCAGAGUAGUUUUCUAAUUUAUACCAUUGCUCAAAUGUAAACUAAUAAUAAACCAGUAUCUGGUUUUUGCGGUCUGAUAAACAAAUUCCACUUGGCAAACAGUGUGGUGUGCUACUGGUUCUCUUGCCUGUUACCUUACCUUAGGGCUAAUUACCAGUAAAUGUUUGAUCUGUGUUUUAGUGUUCUAUUGCUGUGGGUGAGGGGGUAACACGCAGCCCUAGAAAACAGUCCGUAGUUACUAUUUGAGGUUCUUCUAGCAGUUAUAUUAAAAAGUUCAUGGUUUUGGUGUCUACCAUGGAUGCAUCAAGGUGGCAAUUUGAAUUUCUUUGGUAAUUUAACUACCACAGCUAUGCUGCCACAGUAUUCACAAAAAUAUUGUUGCAAAUAUUUUUUUCUUCUGUGACCAUACUACGAUUUCUCAGGCCUCUCACUGUGCUCAUCAGAGGCUGAAAACAAAUUGCCAGUUUGCCCUUUCCAUUACAGUGUGUUCAUGCUAAGUAUGUGUAACUGUUCAGAGGUGAAUUAACAAGUAUUAAAGUUUUAGAAGUUUUGCAUA